UAGUAUCUCUUUUGGUUUUAAAAGGCUAUGAAGGCAGAUGCAAUCACACACUCCACUCACUCGUGUCCUACCCUGCUCCACAGGAGAAAGAGUCAAUGGCGUCGGAGAAGAGCAGGAUCCUGGUGGUGGGCGGCACGGGGUACAUCGGCCGGCACGUCGUCACCGCCAGCGCGCGCCUCGGCCACCCCACCACCGCCCUCGUCAGGGACACCGCCCCCUCCGACCCGGCCAAGGCGCAGCUGCUCCAGGGCUUCCGCGACGCCGGCGCCACGCUCCUCCAGGGCGACCUCUACGACCACGCCAGCCUGAUCCGCGCCGUCCGCGACGCCGACGUCGUCAUCUCCACGCUGGGCGCGCUGCAGAUCGCCGACCAGACCAAGCUCAUCGCCGCCAUCAAGGAGGCCGGCGGCAACGUGCGGAGGUUCCUCCCCUCCGAGUUCGGCCUCGACGUCGACAGAACCGGCGCGGUGGAGCCCGCCAGGUCCAUCUUCGCCGGGAAGGCCGCCAUCCGGCGCGCCGUGGAGGCCGCGGGCAUCCCGUACACGUACGUGGUGUCCAACUACUUCGCCGGCUACGCGCUGCCGACCAUCGGGCAGAGCCUGCCGCCGGCGCCCCCGGUGGAUAAAGUGGUGAUCCUCGGGGACGGCGCAACCAAGGUGGUGUUCGUGGAGGAGGGGGACAUCGGCACGUUCGCGGUGAGGGCGGCGGUGGAGCCGCGGGCGGAGAACAAGACGUUGCACAUCCGGCCGGCGGCGAACGCGUUGUCGCACGAGGAGCUGAUCACGCUGUGGGAGAGCAAGUCCGGCAAGAAGCUGGAGAGGGUGUACGUGCCAGAAGACGCCGUGCUCAAGCAAAUCCAGGAGUCGCCAAUCCCGCUGAACAUCGUGCUCGCGAUCGCGCACGCGGGGUACAUAAGAGGGGAGACGACGACGCCGUUGGAUGCGGCGUCCGCCGUGGAGGCCACCCAGCUGUUCCCGGACGUCAAAUACACCACCGUCGACGACUAUCUCACCAGGCUCCUCUGAACAAUCUCAUCUUCACUUCACUUUACUUGCUACUAUCUCUGUGUCUGUGUCUGUAUGUCAUGUGCCAAUAAAAUACAGCAAGUCUUAAUUGGUGUACGUGUUCCAACCUCCAAUCUUCAGUCAGUGUCAGUCUGCUGGUUUAAUUUGUCGUGGAUGAUGGAUCUCAUUCUGUUCGAGUUCACUUCAGUUCAGCAGUUGAGGCCGGGAGUGCCUUCAUUUGUACUGCUUGUCUAAAUUUGUCUCAAUCAAUACCAAACCAUGCUCUACCUGCUAUGUUCAGAUUCA